UCCUUCUAGCUGGAAGGAUGAUGGGGCAUGGGACUCCCAGGGAGUGAGCAUAAGUGGCAGUAAUUGUAGUGCAUGGAAAACAUGACUCCUCAGAGCUUGUCAUUUUGCAUUCCAGCCUUGGAGAGCUGCUGGUCUUGUCCCCAGGAUGAGUGGUCUCAAGGGGCCAGGUCUCCCGCUGGAAGAAAGCCGUGGUAUGCCUGUUCUGGUCCGAGCCCACCAGCGUCGUGCUGAUCAUGCUAACGUUAGUGGGGAUGGCUCUCACUGCUUCUGUCGUGGCAUUGCAUGCGAAGCACAUAGACACACCUAUUGGCAAAGCUGCCGGGGGCCCCAUAUUUUACUGCCACUUGGCCAGCCUGCUGGGCUCCUUUGCCAAUGUGUUCCUCUUUGUUGGGGAGCCAACAGGUUGGAAGUGCAAACUUUGCCAGCUGGCCUUCGGGGUGAGCUUCACGCUCUGCCUUGCCAGCAUCCUAGCCAAAUGCAUCCAGAUUCUGGCUGCCUUCGCCACUCUCAUGGGAAGACCGACAAAGCUGCAGACCAGCCUUUAUCUGAUUGUUCUUGGUGUCCUCCCCGCUCUGCAGUGCAUCAUCUUUCUGUGGCUCCUCCUUGACCCUCCUGGGGUCAGGCGUUCAUACCCCAGGAAGGCAGACUACCUGAUCAUUGAGUGCUUCAGCAAAACAGGCAUCGGCUUCUCCUUCAGCACCGGGUAUCUGUGUCCUGGCCUUCUGCUGCUUCACAGCUGCCAUCAAAACCUACUCCCUGCCUAAGAUUUUCAGCGACUCCCAAGGCAUCUCCUUAAUGAUGGUGACUUUCUUUUCUGUCUGGCUCUCCGUGAUGCCAGCUCUGGAGUCGGGAAAGGAGCAAAUAGUUGAUAUGAUGGCUGUCGUGUCUAUCCUGCUGUCUUCCUACAGCAGCCUGGCCUUUCUGUUUUUCCAGAGAUGCUACGUUAUGUUAUUCAGACCCCAUCACAACGCUACAGAGUGGAUCAAGAAACCACGUACGCAUACUGCCAAAAGAUUGUUAGCAAAGCCAAUCUGAGCAGCCAGCUGGAGCCCAGCACUGCCACCACGGAUAUGUCUGCCUAAGCGGGGGGUGGAAGGAAUGUGGGGAUGCUGGGUGUUAGUUGUUCAAAUUGUUUGUAAUUCUGCUUUUUGUUGCGUAAAGGCCUCUGCAGGGCUGGGCUCAGGCAAAGCCUGGUCCCAACCAAACAAAUCCAUCAAGCCCCAAAGCAAGGGGACGGGAAGAGGAAAACCAGCUUACAAAUUUUGGAGCACCUUAUGGAGAACUUUGGAGCCAACCCCUUCAGAGCUUGUCCCUCAGACCAGCCUCUCACUUGCCCUUGCCUUU